AGGGGUCGCGCGGCGGCGGCGUCAGCGGCGGCGCCCGGGCGGUGGGAGCCGAGGCGGCGAGCAAGAUGGCGGUGCGAGUGCUGCGCGCCCGCGGAGCUGCCUGGGCCGGCGGCCUCCUGCGGCGGGCGGCCCCCUGCAGCCUCCUGCCCAGGCUCCGGACAUGGACAUCUUCCAGCAACAGAUCUCGAGAAGACAGCUGGCUAAAAUCCUUAUUUGUCCGGAAAGUUGAUCCAAGAAAAGAUGCCCACUCCAAUCUCCUAGCCAAAAAGGAAACAAGCAAUCUGUACAAAUUACAGUUUCACAAUGUUAAACCGGAAUGCCUAGAAGCAUACAACAAAAUUUGUCAAGAGGUGUUGCCAAAGAUUCACGAAGAUAAACACUACCCUUGUACUUUGGUGGGGACUUGGAACACGUGGUAUGGCGAGCAGGACCAAGCUGUCCACCUCUGGAGGUAUGAAGGAGGCUAUCCAGCCCUCACAGAAGUCAUGAAUAAACUCAGAGAAAAUAAGGAAUUUUUGGAAUUUCGUAAGGCAAGAAGUGACAUGCUUCUUUCCAGGAAGAAUCAGCUUCUGUUGGAGUUCAGUUUCUGGAAUGAGCCUGUGCCACGAUCAGGACCUAAUAUAUAUGAACUCAGGUCUUACCAACUCCGACCAGGAACCAUGAUUGAAUGGGGCAAUUACUGGGCUCGCGCAAUCCGCUUCAGACAGGAUGGUAACGAAGCCGUCGGAGGAUUCUUCUCGCAGAUCGGGCAGCUGUAUAUGGUGCACCAUCUUUGGGCUUACAGGGAUCUUCAGACCAGGGAAGACAUACGGAAUGCAGCAUGGCACAAACAUGGCUGGGAGGAAUUGGUAUAUUACACAGUUCCACUUAUUCAGGAAAUGGAAUCCAGAAUCAUGAUCCCACUGAAGACCUCGCCCCUUCAGUAAAGCUGUAGCGUUUCUAUGUGCCUACAUACAUUUCUGUGAGAAGUAUUUGUCAUAAAUUAAUUUUAAUUGUAUAUCAAGUAAAAAAGAAACACUGAGGUUUAAGCUGCUGUAUAUAGCUUGUGAGAAACCUCUUUUCUUUAAAAUUUACAUAAUCACAAGAAAGGAAAGAAUUACAGUUGGACUGAUUGUGACAGUGCCCUGUCGUCCUCUUUGAAACACCCCCGUGUUGUCCAGUAUACCUUAUAACAGCCACUUCUCCCCACCCUCCAGAAGGGGUCCACAUUGAAUUCUGAAUCAUCUUGAAAAUAAGAUUCCAGCCACAAAAAAAAAUUAGCCAUUUCUUUACUAAAGAAAACAAAAAACAAAUCUGUUUUAUAAUUACAGAUUUUUAGACAAAUUUCUUUAUCAGGAAGAAAUACAAAUUUUGUCAUGUUUCUCAAGCAGUUUUUCUGAGUAGUUUCUGAGGAGGAACAAAUUACAAGUGUACCCAGUAACUGAAAAUGUUUUAACUUACUGUCAUUUGUAAGCAGUCCACAUAGUAGACAAUGGGUUUUCCAAGCUGGGCAAGGUACAUUUAAUCAGUAAAUCAGUUUUAUAUCAUGUAUCGUGAUGUUUCAAUGUGAGACACAAAAACAAUGGCUUGAAACUUGUGUAUCAUAUGUGAUUUUGAAAUGAACACCUUGAAUAGCACUAAUUUUUAUUUGUGAUAUUUUUCUAUAACAAAACAAGUAGCACUAGGAAAAGAGGUUUUAUUUUGUAAACGAUCAUUUGUGACCUCAGACACAUCUGGCUAAUAUUUUAAUAAGCUCACAGCAGAUUAAUUCUGAGAUCAUGGAUGAGGGGUGGUGCAUGUUGAGAUUUAAAUUGGCAUAAAGCUGCAUACUUUUUGUCUAGCUGUUUGAUUUCGUUUUUUAAUAUAGUGUGCCAAUUUUGUGACUGUUACCAUGUGAAAGUCCUGUUGAAAUGAACAAUUAUGUCUGCCCCACAAUCAAGAAUGUAUGUGUAAAGUGUGAAUAAAUCUCAUAUCAAAUGUCAAACUUUUACAUGUGAAUGAUUUUCUCAAGGAACAUAGAAAAGUCAAUAAAAUACUCUUAAUUUUCACAUA